UGGCGGCGGCGCGUAGGGGCGGCAACGGGAGCCGGGCCAGGGAUGUGGGCGAGGCCGAGGCCCAGGCCCCAGGUGUGUGAGUUCCGGAGCUGCAGAGCCCGGGCCUCGGCUGCAGCGGCGGUGCCCCGGGCCGGGCCCCGGCCAUGGCCCACGAGAGGAUGGAGCUGGAGUUGCCUGACCCGGCGCCGACAGAUGGCGGGUUGCGGCGAUCCAACAGCGCGCCGAUGAUCAGCGGCCUGAGUGACAACUGCCAGGUUUUUCAGCCAGAUGUUGUGCGUAACCGGAGGAACAGCACCACAGUGAUGAACAGACAUAGUCAGAUUGUCCCUUCAUCACCAGUUCGUAUCCCAAGCAGCCGGCUGCAUCAGAUCAAACAGGAAGAAGGAAUGGAUCUCAUGAACAGGGAGACAGCUCACGAGAGGGGAGUGCAGGCAGCAAUGCAGAUGAGUGUUUCAUGGGAAGAAAGCUUAAACCUGAGUGACAAUGACCUGGAUAAGUCCGCAUCACCCAAGCGCAUUGACUUCAUUCCUGUCUCACCAGCUCCUUCACCAACCAGAGGCAUCGGCAAGCAAUGCUUCUCACCUUCCCUGCAGAUUUUUGUCAGCAGUAAUGGACUCCCUCCAAGUCCGAACCCCAGCCCAACACGCAGAUUUGCCACAAGGAGAAGUCAGAGCCCCAUCAACUGCAUCAGGCCCAGUGUGCUGGGACCUUUGAAACGAAAAGGUGAGAUGGAUGCUGAAAGCCAACCAAAGCGACUUUUCCAAGGAACUGCAACAAUGCUGCCAUCGGAAACAUCCCACUCGCCAGAACACCACUCCUGGAGUGGGCAUCCUGCAGAGAUCACACCAAGAGCACAACGUGCAGUGCUGAAGUGAAAAAAGAACCCAAGAGUAACAGCUGAAGUCCUGCAGAAAUAUCUAGAACUUGUGAAAGUGCUGCUCAUGUGUCACUGAACAAGAAUGGUGUUCACGGAAGGACACCAUGGAGGAAAUCACUGCUCUCUAAGAAAAACAUGGUUGUGCGUCUACCCACCAACUCCAAAAUCUCAUCCCAACUGUGAAGCAUAGUGGAAGGAGCAUCAUGGUUUGGGGCAGCUUUGCUGCCUCUGAGCCUGGACAGCUUGUAAUUGUUGAGGGAACAAUGAAUUCAAAAUUGUAUCAAGACAUUUUACAGAAGAAUGUCAGGGUAACGGUCUGCCAUCUGACAAUAGAAAUUAGAUAAUGCAACAAGGCAAUGAUCCAAAAGACGAGUAAAUCAAUAACAGAAUGGGUUUUUAAAAAAAAAGAAAUUUUCAUGUUUUGGAAUGGCUGAGUCAAAGGCCACCUUAAUCUUAUAGAAAUGUUGUGGAAGGACCUGAAGCAAGCAGUUCGUGUGAGGAAGUGUACCAAUAUCCCAGAGUUGAAGCAGUUUUGUAAGGAGGGAUGGCUAAGACUUACAGAAGAUCUGAUCACAUUUUAGGUCCUGUUUAUGCAGGAAUAGAAAAAAUUCUGUGGAGUUUACAGGCCUUCUAGCACCACUGUGUUUCAUUCGUGCUAUGGGGUUGAGAUUGCAUAGGGAGGGAGAUUAAAUAGCUCACUAUGUAGUCCCAACCCCACAUCUUGGGUACUGUUUGGAGGCCUUUAUCUCAUUCCCAUAAUGUUUUUUUUUCACCUUUGCAGUUUAUUUACUCCACUCACAAAGAUUUAACAUUCUCUGACCUUGUACCACCUUUCUAAAGAUGUAAUUCCAUCUCUUACCAAUAAAGCCACACCACUGCCUAUGCCUUCUUUCAAAGUAUAUCAUUUAAUAUCAAACUCCCAACUAUGAUCUUCUUUCAGCCACGACUUAGUCUGCACGUUUAUUUCUACUACCAAGUACACAACCAUGCAUUUUCCAACAUUGUAUUUAAUUUGCCACUUUCUUGCCCAUUCUCCUAAUCUGUCUAAGUCCUCCUGCAUCCUAUCUGUUUUCUCAACAGUACCUGCCCCUCCACCAUUCUUAAUCUCAUCUGCAAACUUGGCAACAAAGCCUUCUAUUCUGUCAUUAAAUUAUUUAUAUACAGCAUAAAAAGAAGCGGUCCCAACACUGACCCUUGCAGAACACCAGUAGUCACUGGCAGCCAAACAGAAAAAGAUUCUUUUAUUCCCACUCAUUGCCUCCUACCAAUCAGCCAAUCCUCUAACCAUGUUAAUAACUUUCCUGUUAUACCAUGGGCUCUUAACCUGAUAAGCAGCCUCAUGCGUGGCACCUUGUCAAAGGCCUUCUGAAAGUCCAAAUAUACAACAUCCACUACAUCCCCUUUAUCUAUCCUACUUGUAAUCUCCUCAAAGAAUUCCAACAGGUUCAUCAGGCAGGAUUUUCCUUUAAGGAAACCAUGCAGAUUUUGUCCUAGCUCGUCCUGUAUCACCAAGUACUCCAGAACCUCAUCCUUAACAAUUGACUCCAGCAUCUUCCCAACUACUGAGGUCAGGCUAAGUGGUCUGUAAUUUCCUUUCUGCUGCCUUCCUCUUAAAGAGUGGAGUAACAUUUGCAAUUUUCCAGUCGCUUGGCACCAUGCCAGAGUCCAGUGAUAUUUGAAAGAUCAUUACUAAUGCCUCCACAAUCUCUACCACUACCUUUUUCAGAACCCUAGGCUGCAGUUCAUCUGAUCCAGGUGACAUACCCUUAGGUCUUUCAGCUUUUUGAGCACCUUCUCCCUUGUAAUAGUAACUGAGCCCACUUCUCUUUCCUCACAUCCUUCAACAUCUGGCAUACUGCUAAGGUCUUCAACAGCGAAGACUGAUGCAAAAUAUUCAUUUAUUUCAUAUACCGUCUCCUUGUCCCCUGUUAUUAUUUCUCCAGCCUAAUAUCCACACUCAUCUCUUUUAUUUUUUUAAUAUGUUUGGAAAAAGGUUCUUCUAUCCACCUUGAUAUUGUUUGCUAGCUUGCUUUCAUAUUUCAUCUUUUCCCUCCUAAUGAUUAUUUUAGUUGCUUCCUAUAGGUUUUUAAAAGCUUCAAAUCCUCUAUCUUCCCACUAAUUUUCACUUUGUAUGCCCUCUAUUAUUUUUACAUUAGUUUUGACUUACCAUGAAAGUCACGGUUGUACUAUUUUGCCAUUUGAGUAUGUCUUUGUUUUUGGAAUACAUCUAUCCUGCAUCUUCCUCAGUUUUCCUAGAAACUCACACAAUUGCUGCUCUGCUGUCUUUCCUACAGCAUCUCGUUCCAAUUUACUUUGGCCACCUCCUCUCUCAUACCACUGUAAUUUCCUUUCCUCCACUGAAAUACUGCUAUGUCAGACUUUACCUUCUCCCUAUCAAAUUUCAAGUUGAACUCAAAUCAUAUUGUGAUCACUGCCUCCUAAGGGUUCAUAGAAACGUAGAAAACCUACAGCACAAUUCAAGCCCUUCGGCCCACAAAGCUGUGCCGAACAUGUCCCUACCUUAGAAAUUACCUAGGGUUACUCAUAGCCCUCUGUUUUUCUAAACUCCAUGAACCUAUCCAAGAGACUCUUAAGAGACCCUAUCGUAUCCGCCUCCACCACUGUCGCCAGCAGCCCAUUCCACAUACUCACCACUCUCUGCGUUUUAAAAAGAAACGCUUACCCCUGACAUCUCCUCUGUACCUGCUUCCAAGCACCUUAAAACUGUGCCAUCUCGGUCCUGGGAAAAAGUCUUUGACUAUCUACACGAUCAAUGCAUCUCAUCAUCUUGUACACCUCUAUCAGGUCACCUCUUAUCCUCCAUUGCUCCAAGGAGAAAAGGCAGAGUUCACUCAAUCUAUUCUCUUAAGACAUGCUCCCCAAUCCAGGCAACAUCCUUGUAAAUCUCCUCUACCCCUUUUUAUGGUUUCCAUAUCCUUCCUGUAGUGAGGCGACCAGAACUGAGCCCAGUACUCCAAGUGGGGCUUGACCAGGGUCCUACAUAGCUGCAACAUUACCUCUUGCCUUUUAAACUCAGUCCCACGGUUGAUGAAGGCCAAUGCACCGUAUGCCUUCUUAACCACAAAGUCAACCUGCAUAGCAGCUUUGAGUGUACUAUGGACUCGGACCCCAAGAUCCCUCUGAUCCUCCACAAUGCCAAGAGUCUUACCAUUAAUACUGUAUUCUGGCAUCAUAUUUGACCUUCCAAAUGAACCACCUCACACUUACCUGGGUUGAGCUCCAUCUGCCACUUCUCAGCCCAGUUUUGCAUCCUAUCAACCUCUGACAGCCCUCCACACUAUCCAAAACAUCCCAAACCUUUGUGUCAUCAGCAAAUUUACUAACCCAUCCCUCCAGUUCCUCAUUCAGGUCAUUUAUAAAAAUCAUGAAGAGUAGGGGUCCCAGAACAGAUCCAUGAGGCACACCACUGGUCACCAACCUCCAUGCAGAAUAUGACCUGUCUACAACCACUCUUUGCCUUCUGUGAGCAAGCCUGUUAUGGAUCUGCAAAACAAUGUCCCCUUGCCUUCUAACUUUCUCAAUAAGACUUGCAUGGGGUACCUUAUCAAAUGCCUUCCUGAAAUCCAUAUACACUACAUCUACUGCUCUACCUUCAUCAAUGUGUUUAGUUACAUCCUCAAAAAAUUGAAUCAGGCUUGUAAGGCACGAUCUGCCUUUGACAAAGCCAUGCUGACUAUUCCUAAUCAUAUUAUGCCUCUCCAAAUGUUCAUAAAUCCUGCCUCAAAAUCUUCUCCAUCAUCUUACCAACCACUGAGGUAAGAUCUAUAAUUUCCUGGGCUACCUCUACUCCCUUUCUUGUAUAAGGGUACAACAUCUGCAACCCUCCAAUCCUCUGGAACCUCUCCUGUCCCCAUUGAUGAUGCAAAGAUCAUCCCCAGAGGCUCAACAAUCUCUUCCCUCACUUCCUGGAAUAGCCUGGGGUACAUCCCAUCCGGUCCCGGUGACUUACCCAACUUGAUGCUUUCCAAAGGCUCCAGCACAUCAUCUUUCUUAAUAUCUACAUGCUCAAGUUUUCAGUCUGCUGCAAGUCAUCACUACAAUCUCCAAGAUCCUUUUCCAUAGUGAAUACUGAAGCAAAGUAUUCAUUAAGUACCUCUGCUAUCUCCUCCGGUUCCAUACACACUAUUCCACUGUCACACUCAAUGUGGUCCUAUUCAUUCAUGUUUUAUCCUCUUGCUGUGCACAUACUUGUAGAAUGCCUUGGGGUUUUCCUUAAUCCUGUCUGCCAAGCCCUUCUCAUGGCCCCUUCUGGCUCUCCUAAUUUCAUUCUUAAGCUCCUUCCUGUUAGCCUUAUAAUCUUCAUAUCUCUUUCAUUAUCUAGUUUUUUGAACCCUUUCUAUGCUUUUCUUCUUGAUUGGAUUUAUACACUACGGUUCCUGAACCCUACUAUCCUUUCCCUGUCUCAUUGGAACGUACCUAUGCAGUACCCACUGCAAAUAACCCCAAAAAUUUGCCACAUUUCUUCUGUACGGAUCUGGGCCAAACGAUUUUUCAGCAAGGUUGAGUUGGGCUGUAGGGCUGUGUUAGAUAAUCCCUGGGAUAUUUCUUUCAAUAACUGGUAUUCCUGCUGUUUAAAGUUUUUUGGUCUUUGGAUAGCUGUUUUUAAUGUGUAAUUUUACAGUUUAUAAUUUUAUUCUU